AACCGAAAAAUAUAUAUAUAUAUAUUAAACAACAAUUUAAGUUGAUGUAAUGUUAGCUUGUUGUUUAGGAUUUACAUUUAACUAAACGUAUAGGCUAUUUUUGUGUUGUUGUUGUCGUUUUCUCCUAAAUACCGACCAUUAGUUAGCGUAGCUGUAGCUAUCUAAGUUAGCCAGAUGAGUCGCUCCUAUCGGACCAAUUUCUUCCCAAUAGAGCCACAGAUAGAACAACUCACUGUCUUUUAAAUAGAGCUAGCUAACGAUGUUCUCGGUUAGACUAACAAACUAGCUAGAAUGACAAACUGUCAGCCAUCCCCCGCAUAUUUAGCAAGCUAGUUAGCUAACGUGUGUGUGUGUGUGUGUGUGUGUGUGUGUGUGUGUGUGUGUGUGUGUGUGUGUGUGUGUGUGUGUGUGUGUGUGUGUGUGUGUGUGAGAGAGAGAGAGAGAGAGAGAGAGAGUCUGAUGACACUGAUAGUUGUGUCCUUGUCCUUUGGAGGAAGAGGAAUAUGACCAGCCUACACGCGGUAUAGAUCAGUGCUUCGCCCACAGAGGGAACUGCGACUAACUGACAGCGAGGAAGAAUGCCGAGGAGAAAACAAUCAAACCCACAGCCCGUCAAAUACGGUGUGGAGUGUCAACCAGGAUGCUUGGUUCUGGACAGUGACUUCCUGCUUAGUGGAGAGCUCUGUGAGUUUGGAGACACAGAGAUCAUGGGGCUGGACAGAGACACAGGUAUGACAGUGUUCUCUCUGAGUGAUGACGGCACCAGCCUUCCAGCUUCGGGUGACUCAGCCUUCCCAGCAUUCCUCUCCUGUAAGGGGUGCCGCCAAUUGAUGGGGGCCGACCUUGACCUGGGAGCAGGACUUGACUUGGGGGCGGGACUCUACUGCCUGAGCUGCGAAGAGGGCCUCCAAUCAGAAUCACACACAGCCAUGGAGGAUACCUCACAGGGGGAGGAGUCAACCCCGGCUGUCCAAUCCAGUGGGGGGAAGAACAGGAAGAGGAGUAAGGCGGGUGAUGAAGAAGUCUGUAUGAAGCUGUACACGUGCUCCCUGUGUAGUUUCUCCUCUCGCUACUCCAACCAUCUCAAACGCCACAUGAGAACCCAUGACGGAGAGAAGCCCUACCGCUGUCCCCACUGCCCCUAUGCCUCUACACAGAGGGUGAACCUGCAGAGACACACACGCACACACACCGGGGAGAAGCCCUACCUCUGCCAUGCCUGCAGCUAUGCCUGUAGUUCCCUGGGGAACCUGCGGAGGCACCAGCGCUCGCACAGCCAGGAGCCUCAGCCCCAGCCGCAGCGCACACACACACUGAAGAGACGCAGCAGACGAAAACACACACACAGAGAAAACGGUGAAGAUGCCAUUUUGUCAGACCUGACAGUGUGUGUGAGGGAGGACUCUGAUUUCCUCCAGUCCCUAGGGGGUGUAGCCUCUCCCUCCCUCCCCCCCUCCGCCCCUCUCCCUGACCUCCUCUUCCCCCUCUGUUGUCGCUCCUGUGGCCUCACCCUGGAAGGAGAGGCGGAGGGCAGAGGACAGAUGUGUAGUCAAUGUUCUGAGUUUGUCCUCUCUAAGGAUAUAGGCUCCUCCAGCCCCACUGACACAGACUCGCACACAGUCCUGCCGGGGGCCAGUAAGCUGUAUCGCUGCCCUCUCUGCCCCUUCCUCUCCCUCUACUCCAACCACCUGGCCCGACACGCCCACACCCACAGCGGGGAGAAGCCCCACCGCUGCCCCCAGUGCCCUUAUGCCUCGGCCCACCUGGACAACCUGAAACGCCACCUCCGGGUCCACACGGGGGAGAAGCCCUACCGCUGUCCCCAGUGCUCGUACGCCUGUGGGAACCUGGCCAACCUGAGGCGCCAUGAGAGGAUUCACUCUGGAGCCAAGCCGUUCCACUGCUCUGUGUGUGGCUACAGCUGUAACCAGAGUAUGAACCUGAAGAGACACAUGUUGAGACACACGGGGGAGAAGCCGUAUGGCUGUGCUGAGUGUGACUACACUACGGGACACUGGGACAACUACAAACGUCAUCAGAGGAAACACGGACACAACACACACAGCUGGGACAAACACACACACCAGGACACUACAGCAGACAGCAACACACAGCACUGAGACACACACACACACACACACUCCACUGAGACACACACACACACACUCCACUGAGACACACACACACCACUGAGACACACACAGCACUGAGACACACACAGCACUGAGACACACACACACAUAUUCCACUGAGACACACACACACACUCCACUGAGACACACACACACACCACUGAGACACACACACACACCACUGAGACACACACACACACACCACUGAGACACACACACACAGCACUGAGACACACACACACACAGCACUGAGACACACAGCACUGAGACACACACGCACACAGCACUGAGACACACACACACACACAUAGCACUGAGACACACACACACAUAGCACUGAGACACACACACAUACACACAUAGCACUGAGACACACACACAGCACUGACACAUACACACACACCUCUCCCUGGUUAUGGUUCCCUGUUCCUUGAAUUCAGUGUUGGUGUGUGUGUGUGUGUGUGUGUGUGUGUGUGUGUGUGUGUGUGUGUGUGUGUGUGUGUGUGUUACAAUGGUAACCCCGACCCCUAUCUCUGCUCUCCCUCAGAGGGGCGGGACUUAUCUCAGGAACCUUUUAGAGGCGGAGCUACAUGUGCUGGUUUCCUGGAUCUGAACACUGCACUGGCCUUAGGGCAUUAAAUGGUGUGUCUGUGGGAUUCAAGAUUCAUCCUUUUAUUUUUGAAUGGUUAAAUGUUGUAGAUGCGUUGUUUGAAAAUUGUAUGUUUUGAUUGAGAUUUAGGCCAUUUCUAAAUUGUAUAUUCCAAAAACAAAAAUCUGUAAAGAAUGUAAUUGUGAAACAGAUAAAGAGUUUAUUUUUUGCAACAAAAGCCUUACACCCCUGCCGAUUGUAAGGCUACUCAGAGAACAGACAGGACCCCUGUUGAUUGUAAGGCUACUCAGAGAACAGACAGGACCCCUGCUGAUUGUAAGGCUACACAGAGAACAGACAGGACCCCUGCUGAUUGUAAGGCUACUCAGAGAACAGACAGGACACCUGUUGAUUGUAAGGCUACUCAGAGAACAGACAGGACCCCUGUUGAUUGUAAGGCUACUCAGAGAACAGACAGGACCCCUGCUGAUUGUAAGGCUACUCAGAGAACAGACAGGACCCCUGUUGAUUGUAAGGCUACUCAGAGAACAGACAGGACCCCUGUUGAUUGUAAGGCUACUCAGAGAACAGACAGGACCCCUGUUGAUUGUAAGGCUACUCAGAGAACAGACAGGACCCCUGUUGAUUGUAAGGCUACUCAGAGAACAGACAGGACCACAUUAACUGUCUGUACAUUGUGCCUUCUACAUCUCUAGUACUAAAAUAAAAAACUUUUGACAGAA